AUGGUCGAGCAACACACCUUUAUUGCUUCUAUUCUCUCUCCCACAGACGCUCUGUCCGAGGAGACUCGAAGUCUUUCCGACGUCGCAACAUCUUCCACCUCUAGCUAUCCAGACCUGAUAGCUUACUCUGCGGUCUCCCCUUUUACAGUUUCCACGCAGUGCGAGUCGAACCUUCUGACACCCAUCUCUACUGCUGACUCGCCUCCUUUGCAACAAAACCACAAAUUCAUGGUUGGCCAAUAUCCUCCUCCUCCCGAAAGCCCACACGGUCAGGAACCGACACCUCCGGGAAGCACCAAGAUGUACCAUCAAUGGGGUCACCAUCACUUCGAGAUGAGCCAUCAUGCUAGCCAAGGCAGCUCUCCCAUGCACACUCCCGGUCACAUGGCGCCAGAUUUCUACAUGGCGGACAGGAGAACGCCAGGACCACCCGAGCCCUACAUGGGAAGCUACAGUGUGUCAAAUGCCAGCCAACAUGGCUCGCUCUCCCAAUCCGACUCGCCCUAUUAUCUAGAAAUGCCCCAACUUCAUAGUCAGAGCUCCUUACUCCUUCGUGGUAAUGCUCCUAUGCCGUUGGGGCCGGGUUCUCGAGAGCUGGACCGUGACAUGUCCAUGCCAGCGCCGCUUCUGCACGACGCACCUCGAACGUCACCCUGCCGUCGGCCUGGUCGGCUUGACUCGACCGAGAUGGUGGAUACUGCCGACCGACAGAGCACGGAGGUAUUGCGCUCUUCCAGUGACUCCCCACGAAAACGCGCUGCGGUCAUCGGAAACAACCGUGUGAAGAAGCUGACUGGCAGGAGAAAGUCGAGGAAGAACAUGUCUCAAUCCCAGCCAACUGAAGAGCACACAAAUUGCAACGGAGAGCAGGUUCCUCCUACUCUAAAGGAGACUUGCCCAGACGAGGAGCGUUGCAUUUUUGAAUCCCGUUGGCGUCAUCGCAACAAGAGAGGUCAAGACAUGUGGGACAGUAUUCAGAGUGACUUUUACAAGAAGUUUAACAAGAGCCAUGGCAAGGAGAUGCUCCAAAUGAAAUUCAGGCGAGCUCGCUCCAAGUAUAUUGAAUGGCUGCCGAAAGAUGAGGAAAUCCUUCGCGAUGCCUGGAAGAAGGUGGAGCAAGAACGCUAUCAACUGAUCCUCGACACUUUUCUCGACAUGGGUGGCUCGCGUAAUAUGCGGCUGAACUCGAGCGACAUCGAGGUCAAGUUGGUAAAUGACCUCAAGAUCGAAGAGCAUCUCUACAUGGAUUGCUUUCAAGAGAUCGAUGUCCGACGCCGCAAGAAACUAUCAUCAAGGAAGCGCAGUGGUGGUGGGGACAAGGGCCACGACGACGCGGCGUUGGGUAGUGAUGUGAUGAGUCUAGAGCCACGUCAUGCUCACGACGAUGACGAAGUCAUCAAUCAAGUACACCAGCCUCGGUCGGCUCGUUGGGAGACAUCGCCAGCUAGUCAUGUCGAGAUGAUUGACAUGCAAAUGUGGGAGGGUCGAGGUAACAUGAAAAUCGAGCCGCCGUCAGCACCCCACCGGCUACUAAACAAUAUGAGUGGUCGUGCCAUGUAUUAG